AUGACGGACAAUCAACCUACACGCUCCUUCCGAUCCGAGUACUGGCCCAUACGCGGGGUACGGACACUUGCCGGUCGAUGCGAUGCGCACUGGCAGGCGCUCGAGAGGUCACCCCAGCACCCCCUACCCCUGCCGUGGCAAGGAACGAAGGUCAGGGUAUACGACGACGCAGCAAUAACCUGGGGGACACUAUCAGUGGACCAGAUAGACGACUACUACAUCACCUUCAAAAUAAGCGGACAAACCUGGAACAUCACCCAUGUGAACGCCAGAAACCACAACCCACCUAUCAUAAUCGAAGGCGCAACUGCAAUCAGCGAAACCACCCUCCUAACGAUACCCCGAGUAGAAGAACCUCUGCUAGGCAUACCGUGGUGGAACUGGCUCCUGGCCCGCGUCAAAGGACUCCUCAACCCCGAUGUCCCCGCGGGCCUCUACGAGGGAUGGGCGGUGGAAGGACAUAUCGUGUAG